CCGAGCGCACGCACUGAAGAAAUAUAUGGACGACGAUACGACGAUAUCGCAUUCACGGCAUGAUCGCUGCCUUACUUUUCUCUACUCUACUUGGCUGCCUGGUCUGGUCGGGUAGCUAGUUUACUUAUGUGUCGAGGAGAAAGCAGGAGAAAGUCGAAAAAAAUUCCGUAAUGAGAUAUUCCCACUUCGCAGUGUUCCCCAAACCAUACGAGGAGGAGGAGAAGAAGAGAGAAAGUUGAGCUUUUGUUGGGAAUAAACGAAGGGGAAAUUUUGGGGGGAAUUUUCCACUAAUUUUGUAAAAAAGUGGGGGGAAUUUUUGGGAAAAAAAUUCGAAUUGUAAAAAAACAUCGACAAAUUUGUGCUAAAAUUACUUGCAAAAAAUUUGUUCUGUGCAAAAAAAUGUGAACAUUUCAGAAAAUAUAAAACUGCUACACAGUAGGUGCUAAAAAUUUGCCAUAAUUUUCUGAACAAAGUGGGGGCAUUUUGGGAAAACAAUACAAAUUGUACCAAAUAUCGACUAAUUUCUGCUAAAAAAACUUGCAAAAAAUUUCAUGCCGUGCAAAAAAUGUGUACAUUUCACAAAAAAUAAGACAUCAUAGUGCUGCUAAAAAUUAUUGGAUUCUUUUUCUCUCCCCUCUAAAUUUUGCACUUGCAAAAAGUAAUUGCUUCUCGUAUGUACAUACAUACACAAAUAAAUUUAUACAUUAGAUUUUCCCCUCUGUCUGUCUACCUGUCCGAAUUUCGUGUCAAGAUAUGAUUGGAAAUGUGAAUUGUAAACGUGGUGAAAGUAUUGAUCGCACAUUUCGUCGAAUGAAGUGAACAUUAUAAAUUAUUGACUUCUCUCUUUCUCCGUGUGUGUGUGUGCAUGUGUCUCAAUUUCGCGUGUACUUAUCCGCCUGCCUAUCGUCAAGGGGGGACACAAAGUUUAGGCGAAAUUGAUGUUCAUGAAAGUUAAACACAAACAACUCGAAACUGUUUAUUUAACUAUCUACGAGUGAAAGUUUUAAAGUUUACAAAUACAUGAAAUUUCGAUCGAAUUAAAUUUGCGAAUAGCCGAAAGUGGUGCAAAUAAAUAACUCGUGACGAACCAGCGAGAGAGCUGUAAAAUAAUUAGAUUUAUUACUAUUACCACCGUCGAUAAACGGAAAUGGGAGGAAAGGAACUAAGGAAGAAGUUGCUUUCAGUGAGAAUCUGAGACCAGAAUUGCAUCAAUUUCUCGUCUAGUGUUUCUCCCGUUCCCACCGGAGCUGCGGAGUUGGAUUGGUUUUUGCUACUCGGACCUGUUUUAUAUCCGAGAUCAAGUCUGGGUAUCAAUUAAAGUGUGGAUGUGGACAAAAAGGCUACUUUAUUCGAUCCUGGACUAGACUGGAUUUAUGCUGGUGACCUUUUCGUGUAGUGGCCGAGUUUCUUUUUUUAGGGGGGAAACGUGUCCCGUGAAUAGGAUUCACCUGCUGCGUAUUAAAUGUUGACAUUUUCUUCACGGGAAGGUUACUGAGUUGAGAGAGGAUUCUUGUGUGCAAAAAUAAAUUUGUGUGCAAAAAAAUUCGUGUACAAAAUCUUGCAGGUUUUAGCGGAGAGAGAAGAGGACAAAUAAAGGGGAGAAAAUUCGAUAAAUAUCUUGACAAGGUGGGACACAGACGACAACAAGUUGAUUCUGGAUUUUGUGGGCUUUUUGUUUUAUUUGGUUUGGUUUAACGAAACCACGCCCUGCCCUGGAAUAAGAAGGAAAAGAGAGACAAGGAGUUAAAACAGUCGUGGAGACACGCUAAAUAAUGUGGGGAUAAAAUUAGUAUUACUUAAGGUAGGUAAGGGGCGAUGUGUGACGAAACGUAUAGGUGAUUAGGUAUAGCGCGAAAAUAUUUCGUAUUUUUGAUUGGUAACAGACAGGUUUGAUUGUUGUGGUAAAAGAGUUUUAUUUUAUUUCACAGACUUAUCAACUAAAUUGGUAACAAAAUAUGGUACUAAACUGAUAACGACCAAUUACCAAACUGAUACCGAGCAAUUAUCAAACUGGUACUGAGCAAUUACCAAACCGGUACCGAACAAUUACCAAACUGGUAGCAGACAACUGCAAAUCGGUUUACUCAAAUUUUAAUUACAUCCUCAAACCAAUUAUUUCAUAAACUUACUGCUCACCUAUAAAUUGUCACCGCCCGGUAAUAAAAAAAGUCAAAAAUUUCCCCCGCAUUAUUUAGUGUAUCCUCUCCCAAAAGCAGCUUUAUUCUUCAUCCCCUCAAAUUGUAACCACUUCUCUUCUCUCAAAAUAUUUAUCAAAGGAGAAGACCAAAAAAACGAAAAAGUCUCUCUCCCAACAACCCAAACCCACCAACCAAACCAGAAAAUUGCAACACAUCAGCGAAUUCCAGUAAUCCUUACGAAGCCGAAAACAUAACCAAUACCUUGUAAACCUUUUUGCCUUACUUGUUUGCGCAAUAUCUCAGAAAAUCCUAGGAUUACGAUUUAGAUAGAUUUUCACUCAACCAAUUUUUUCCCUAUCUCUACUUUUUUCCUUCAAAUUGAUAACUAAACCUAAAACAUACAAAUAUCCAUCCGCUCAAAAAACAGCAACCAUCGGCCAGAAAAAAAUAAAAAAGUAUACAUAAAACUAUCAACUCAUCCUUUACGACACGACCAACGGAUAAGUGAUUGCUUUCCGUGAAUCUUUCCAAAAAAAGAGCACAAUCUUUCCCCUGCAGGAAGUGAAAGUCCAACCUCCAACGUCCGACAUCCGACCUCCGACCAAAAAAAACAAAUCCGGCUCUCACACCACUUUAUAAUAAUAAUAAUAAGAAGAAGAAUAAUAAUCCAUUCAUCGCUCACCCACAAAAGAGAGAAGAAUACGGAGCUUUCUAUUCUCCCACUUUCACCUACAAUACACAGAGAAAGGAGCAGGAAAACAACACGAAUCAAAGAGGACAUCAAUCACCGAGAGGAGAGAAUAUACCGACUGGGAUCAUUUGUCUGAUAAAUAAGUUCCCCGAAAAUAUUUGAGGUGACAGACAAGCAAGUAACCCGUUGAAGAAAGGAGCAAGGAAGGAAGCAGGUCUGCUUGCCUUGUGCUUUCUCAUCUCAUCUCACCUUUGCCUUUGCCUUUGUCAAUUCAUUACUGACUCUGAGAAGGAGAAAGCAAAGUCGCUGUUGUUUCGGUUCAGUGGGUUCCGAGGAUAAAACAAAAGGUGAAAGUCGAAGAGGAAAACGAGGAGCUGGGGAACAUUUAAGACGUAACUUUCACUCUGGGUGGUGGUGGUGGUUCUUUGCUGGUGAUGGGAUUUGUUGGCUUGGCGAGGUUCGUGGGUAUGUAGUCGUGGUGGGGAAUUAAUGAAGAUUGCGAUAUCACGUGGUGGUGGUGGUGCUGGUGCUAUAUCAGGAUUCUGGAAGGAUUGAGAGACUGGAAAAUAUUUACGACGGAGGAAGAAGGAAGGAGCGAUAAAUUGAGAAAGUGCAGGCAUAAUUUUUUUUGGAUCAUCCAUUUUUUUCUGGGACAAGAUGACGAUGACGCUUCUCUCCUUGUUCUUGUACGGCUUUGUCCUUCUGACGCCCAGCAGCGGGAGCCUGGUUAGGAGAGAUGUCACGGAAAGUGGGACAUUUUCGUCCACCACGACGCCGUCAACUUUGACCUCGAUGGCGACGACUGAAAUUACGAAAACUAGUGAAAAAGUGACGACGGCAAAUUAUGACGCCACGGAUAAGGUCACAAUUGACGAUAAGGCGACGACAACGACGAUGCCAACGACGACGAGGAAGGAAAUGGCGACGACGGAGGUCGAAAAAAUGGCGAAAUUCAGAAUGUCCUCGACCACGACUGAAAUGCCGGCCGUUACGACACCCGAAAAUCAUCACACAAUGCCCGUUCCGGAGCAUUUGCAACACAGGAACAAUACGGCGAUUGUCCCCCUGCGAGGAAAAUGUAAUACGACCGAACAAUGUUCCGGAGAUCAUACGGAGUGUCGAAUUAGCAUGUGCAAAUGUCAACUGGGUUACUUACCCAGGCCGGAUAAUGCCGAUUUGUGUGGAGAAGCCCGGAUUCAACAAGUCCAACCCCCACAGGCGGAUCCGACCAUGAUUGGAGUCGUCAUCGGACUUGUCCUCAUGUCGAUUACGUUGUGCGUGGUGAUGCGACUGUUUGCAAAAGCCCGAUUUCAAGAAAAUCGUACCAUUUUCAACACACCGAACCCCCGUUUGAUGAACGUAUCGUUACUGAAGGGGUCUAAAACCCUGCUGCGAGGCGGUUCUGGUCCAGGCGGACAAAGAUCUCGGCGUGGGAGUCAAGCUUCAGUGAAUUCGGGGGGCGAUGCUCCCCCCGAUUCGGCCCCACCACCGCCUCCGCAGGCAGCAGGGAAUAAAAGACCACGCCCCCACCGGCAACCCUCCACCGACACGGCGGCUUCUUCCGGUGGCGCAGGUGGAGAAAGUUCUCGACCCCCGACCGCCUCCGGGACAAAUAAGCGAUCCACGCCGAGACAAGAGUCGGUCAAUUCGAAUUCGAACGUGUAAUUGAAAAUUCGAAAAUACUAUUGAAAAUUUCAAAAUUUAUCCAAAAAUGUAAACCAAAUCACCUCAAUCAUGCCACAAAUUAAGCCACAAAUCAAUGCAAAAUGUCUGAAAUUAAGCGUUUAGUCCGAAAUUUCCUAAAAAUACUGAAAAUUCUCGUCAUUCGAAUCCAAAAAUUUUACUCGAAAAAUUUAAAACCAAAUCUACGAUGGAAAAUUUACUGAAAAAAGCUAAUGCAAGCCCAAAAUCGAAAAUUUACCCAAAUCCACACCCGAAAAUUUCCGAAAAUUAUCAACCAAAUCCUCUCCGAAAAAAAACUCCCAAAUGAACCCGCAAAUCCGAAACCGAACCCUUGAUCUUGGAACAAGUGUAAUAAUAUGACGUGACCUUACAAACCAUAAUUUAACUUAAUUAUGUAAAUACAUUUUAAAUAUAGUUAUGUAGCUAAUUCUAACAGGACUGGGUGGGUCGGAGGAAGAGGAGUCGCUUAUCUGCCUACCUUAUCUGUAUACCUUAUCUGAUGCUCCAUUUGUGAUGAUUUUUACUGAAUCGUCCUCUCGUUAUCAGGACCUAAAUAGUAUAAAUUGGAUAAGAUACAUAACUGUAAACUGUAAUACCAUGCGCCUAUUAUUACCAUACUCAAACUCAACUACCUACUCAACUACAUACAUAUAUUCCUAAAUACCUACUCACUCACUAACUCACUAACUCACUAACUAAAACGUACUCACAAUUGGGAAGCAAACCAUGUUUAACCCAGAUUUUUUUUACCAUGUUAGUUCGAAAGAGCAACUCUUUAGAAACAACGUUUAGGAUUAGUCGGAGACUUUUGCAGGUGCGAAAAAUUCAGCAAAAAGUCUGGGCGUCGCAAGUUUACAAAAACUAAGUUUUUUGCAGAAAAACGUUUUUUCGGUUUUGCAAAAGUUUGCAAAAACGUGCAACUGCUGCCACAAGCACAAAUUCCGCUGAGAAACGGUAACUUGUGUUCGCGAAUUUGCGGCGCCCAAAACUUGCUGAAUUUUGCGCAUUUUCGCAAGUGCAUCACUAAAUGUUGUUUCUAACGAGUAUCUCUUCAAAAUUAAUAUGGUCAAAAAAUAAUCUGGGUUGAACCUGGUUUGCAUUCCCAUUUGUCAGUUUAGAUUAAUUGCUACGGAGAAAAGAGGAGAAAGUGAAAGUGGAUGGUCGGAUGGAGAAAGCAACCGUGAAAUUAUACCCGUGAGCGUAAUAAUAAAUGGCAACCUGACACUUGACCUAGGUGGCUGGUUAUCGUCACACUCACCGCUUUUUCUGUCUGGAUAAGCACUUAUCUAAUAAUUAAUUAAUUAAUUAAUUUCUUAAUUAAUCAUAUCUAGUCAUAUCAUUCCCGAGUGCCCAUUUACAUUUAAAUUAAAUUACUAAUUAUACACACUAAUUAACCAAGAAAGUUGUUACGUUGACCUAAAAAAACCAAACCAAAUCAAACCACAAGUAGCCAAAUAGUGCCUUUUUUACCGACAACAUUUAACCAAAUAUUUAAUAAUUAAUUAAUUAAUGAAAGCUUGAAAAAAAUUAUCUUAAAUCCGCGCAGGCACCAACCACCGGCUACUUUUUUAACCGUAUUUAAACCACUCGUUGUCUUUGACCAGAUUAACCUCUACAUACAAAAGUUUGAUUGCUCCAUCCGUAAAAUGACACGUUUGUUAAUUGUUAGUUAAUUGAUAAUUGUUAUUUAAUUGUUUAUAAUUAAUUAAUCCUGAACCAUGCCUAAUAAAAAAAAUCAUCACUUCUCAUGAAAAAAAAAACUUUUUGGAAAACUAUAAUUCUAAAGUUUUUACACCAAAGAACCGAAUGUGAAUUGUAUUUACUAACCAAUAUAACCAACUUUUUCUCGAAUAUGCAACAAAAAUUGAUUGUUUUAAGUACUUUAUCCAUGAAAAAAAUGAAUAAAAAUCGUCGUGUUUUUGAACAAGAAUGAAA